AUGGGGUGUUUCUCCAAGAAGUAUCGGUUCAUGCUCAGGCUCAUGAUGCCCAUAUUCUUCUCAAGAUUGAAGCGUAUACUCUACAUCAUAGGCAUGGCCCGCUUUAGCGAGGUGGAGGCGAUGUUUUUCCUGUAUCGUGAGUUGCGAGCGCUGGAAGAUGUACUCGGCGACAAGCCGUUCCUGCUGGACAACAAGCCUACCACGUACGACGCGGCUGUGUUCGCCGUGCUGACCCAAGUCAUAUACGGUUGCGCACCUGAGGUGGAGCGCUACGUUCGCGCUAACUACGACGCUCUGGUGCAAUACCACGAGCGUAUGAAGGACAAGUACUGGCCCGACUGGGAGCGGUGCCGAGCCGAGUAG